AUGGAUACUCCCAGGGUCCUGCUCUCGGCUGUCUUCCUCAUCGGUUUCCUGUGGGAUUUGCCCGGUUUCCAGCAGGCUUCCAUCUCAUCCUCCUCGUCCUCUGCCGAGCUGGGCUCCGCCAAGGGAAUGCGAAGCCGCAAGGAAGGGAAGAUGCCGCGGGCGCCGCAGGAGAGUGCCACGCCGCGGCCGCCCCCGGAGCUCCAGGAGCCACAGCCGCGGGCGCAGGAUGAGCCCCGGCGCCCGCCGCCGCAGCAGCCCCGGGCACAGGAGCCUCCGGGCAAGGGCCCACGCGUGGUGCCCCAUGAAUACAUGCUGUCAAUCUACAGGACUUACUCCAUCGCUGAGAAGCUGGGCAUCAAUGCCAGCUUCUUCCAGUCCUCCAAGUCGGCCAAUACGAUCACUAGCUUUGUAGACAGGGGACUAGACGAUCUCUCGCACACUGCUCUCCGGAGACAGAAGUAUUUGUUUGAUGUGUCCACGCUCUCAGACAAAGAAGAGCUGGUGGGCGCAGAGCUGCGGCUCUUUCGCCAGGCGCCCGCAGCGCCCUGGGGGCCGCCCGCCGGGCUGCUCCACGUGCAGCUGUUCCCCUGCCUGUCACCCCUGCUGCUGGACGCGCGGACCCUGGACCUGCAGGGGGCGCCCCGGGCCGGCUGGGAAGUCUUCGACGUGUGGAAGGGCCUGCGCCACCAGCCCUGGAAACAACUGUGCUUGGAGCUGCGGGCCGCGUGGGGCGAGCCGGAUGCUGGGGGAGCCGAGGCGCUCGCGCCUGGGCCCCAACAGCCGCCGCCCCCGGACCUGCGGAGUCUGGGCUUCAGCCGGAGGGUGCGGUCCCCCCAGGAACGCGCCCUGCUCGUCGUGUUCACGAGAUCCCAGAGCAAGAACCUGUUCGCUGAGAUGCGAGAGCAGCUGGGGUCGGCCGAGGCUGCGGGCCCCGGACUGGACGCGGAGGGGUCGUGGCCCCCGCCGUCGGGAGCCCCAGACGCAGGGCCGUGGCUGCCCUCGCCCGGACGCCGGCGGCGGCGCACAGCCUUCGCCAGCCGCCACGGCAAGCGGCACGGGAAGAAGUCGAGGCUGCGCUGCAGCAAGAAGCCCCUGCACGUGAACUUCAAAGAGCUGGGCUGGGAUGACUGGAUUAUCGCUCCCCUGGAGUAUGAGGCCUACCACUGCGAAGGCGUGUGCGACUUCCCGCUGCGCUCGCACCUGGAGCCCACCAAUCACGCCAUCAUCCAGACGCUGAUGAACUCCAUGGACCCCGGCUCCACCCCGCCCAGCUGCUGCGUGCCCACCAAAUUGACUCCCAUCAGCAUCCUGUACAUCGACGCGGGCAAUAACGUGGUCUACAAGCAGUACGAAGACAUGGUGGUGGAGUCCUGCGGCUGCAGGUAG